CUUGGCAAUAAACCCUUUUCAGACUCCGAUUCUGAGAUUAGCUUUAUUUUGAAAUCCAGCACCGGAAACGUGAUUGUUUGAAUGGCGGCUAACUUGACUGUGGUGAAAAGUAGUGAGGAGGCGUUCGUCCAAACAGGAAGAAACUGGGAAAACACACCUAAGUGAUGCAUUUAGUCUUCACAGACGGACACCUCAGUCCGCUGAACUGCGAUCAAACAACCGGGUGGAUUUUACAGACGACUUUUCCUCCGUGUCGGAGGACUAUGGACGGUUUGCGGGUGAACUCCAGUCCGCAGUAAGCAGCGCUGUUUGGGGGCUGGAGGAAGGCGGGGAGGGGAGGGGGCUGUCACAGCAGGCUAGGCUAAUAUAAGCUAAGCUAGCUGGUUAGCACGCUAGGCUAACAGCUUCAGCCCCCAGAAAACCCUGAACUUGGAGAAACUUUGUGAAAAAUCUGGUGUUUAAUCGGCGGUUCCGGAAAACCUCCGAGAAGAUAAAAAAAAUAAUAAUACAAUUUUACGUCAAAAACGUGUUAGCAUUGCGUGCUAGCUAAUAUAAUUAGCUCCCAUCAGCGUUUGUCAACACAUCCAAGCAACUGACAGCUACAACUCACUGUAUCGACACCCGCAGUAAUACUUAACCCAUGUUUAUAUGCUAACACAAAGCUAUUAGACAUUAAUUAGCAUUAGCAUGUUAAUUAGCAUUAAGUAAUGUGCGGCUAAAAGGCUUUUUAAUCGUGUCUGAAACGUAAAUGGACUUGUUUUCUGUUCCCGUUGGUGUCCGUUGGUUCUUGGGCUGAGCUAACUUUUAAUUUCUCCGUGCUGUCGGUGAGUUUGUCGUUAGCAUGGAGGCUCGAGAGCCUGACAGCUCGGUGCGGUUACAUAACGCUAGCAGGUCGCGGGAGAAGCUGCUGAAAGUCGCCUCCCCAGCCCGGCUCUGACAGCUAUUAACUGCUCCGACAAAACCCUCCCAACAGCCAGACAGGACAGAGAAACAAACAAACAAACAGACAGACAGACACAGGGAGAGAGACAGACAAUACAACAACAAGAAGCACACAGCGGCAUGGAGGAAGUCUGAGCCUCUGCUGGGAGACACACAACAUACGGGACAUUUCGCUAAAGAUGGAUUCAAACCCGCUGAUAAACGCCAUGGACCCGUCCAUCACGCUGUGGCAGUUCCUGCUCCACCUGCUGGACGACCAGCGGCAGCGUCACCUGAUCUCGUGGACCGGCGAGGACGGAGAGUUCAAGCUGCUGGACGCCGAGGAAGUGGCCCGUCUGUGGGGGCUCCGCAAGAACAAACACAACAUGAACUACGACAAACUGAGCCGAGCGCUCAGAUACUACUACGACAAGAACAUCAUAAAGAAGGUGAGCGGCCAGAAGUUUGUCUAUAAGUUCGUCAGUCAGCCCGACCCCUCUCUGCCUGAGGGGCUACGCAACGGAGAGGAGGGCCAGAGGAGGGACAACGCCGACCCAAACAGCCAAUCAAAAGGCCCCGGGGGCGGGGCUUCUACCUGUCCGUCAAAGAGCUUACCCCAGCGCUCGUCACCCAGCGGCUCCCAGAAAAGCUCCCGUAACGACUACAUGAAGUCCGGCCUCUACUCCACCUUCACCAUCCAAUCGCUGCAGGCCUCGCCCAACCCACGGCCAAUCAAAACGGAGCUGCUGAUACAACAAGACGCCGCCUUGUUGGUCGAUCACACACCCAGAGAGGUCUGUGUAUUAUCAGACUCUACCUCCUCUCCGUCAGUAGGUGGAGCUGUUGACUCAGCUCUGCAGGUGAUCGUCACUCAGCCGUCUCCCUGCCCGACUCCGGCUCUCAGCCCUCAGAUACCGGUCAGCGCCCCCAGCCAAUCACAGACUUCUCUGAGCGACCCUCCCCAGAUUUAUCUCACCAGCGUGGGGGAUCCGUCCUCCCUCAUCCCCCUGGGUCCCGUCGGGGGCUCUAUGAGUCCCGUGCCCCCCCCCACCCACGUAUCGAUGCAGCACGAGGACUACGGGGGGGUCACCAACCCGGCCAGCUUCCCCCCUCACCCCCACGCCGCUCCUCAGCCGACUCCGCCCGUCUUCGUCAUCAUCAACCCUCCGCCUGCGCAUCAGCAGCAGGUUGCCAUGGCGACGGCGGCAGCAGCAGCAGCUCCCCCCGCCUCCCGUCCUCCCCCUCCCCCCAUCGUCAUCAAGGAGGAGAACCUGCCGUCGUCGGAGGAGGAGCUGCUGAAGAUGGUGUCUCUGGAGGAGAAACGGGUGGAGGAGGUCCCUCAGCUGAUCUCGGGGGAACCGGAGCCCCCCCUCACCAUCGUGGAAAGCCCGCCCCCUCCCUGCAUGGAGCCCGGGGUCGGAGGUCAGCAGCCUGCAGGGGAGAGCGAGGACACGCUAACAGAUCCCUCGGUGCCUCCGGUGACCUCCUCCUCAGCGGGGACGACGGACGCUGUUCCUCCCAAACCAAAGAAGCCGCGGGGCCUGGAGCUGCCCUCCUCCCCCUCCCUCCCCCCCGGCCUCUCUCUGGAUAAGGUGAAUGCAGCUGUUAACAGUUUAUUGGCUCCUGGUUCAGCGACCAACUCGCUCACCCAGACUGUCAUCACCUCCCACGCUCUGACUCCGGUCCUGCUGACUCCGAGUCCUCUUCCCUCCACCAUCCACUUCUGGAGCACACUGAGUCCCAUCGCUCCUCGCUCCCCGGCCAAACUCUCCUUCCAGUUUCCCACAAACGGCAGUAACCAGAUCCACAUCCCGGCUCUGAGCGUGGACGGCCUCUCCACCCCUGUGGUUCUCUCCCCCGGCCCCCAGAAACCCUGAGCCCCCACUGCCCGCCUCACACAGCUCCUCACCGUGCACGGUACUCGCCUGCACCCUGAAAGGGUCUGGAAAACUGGCUCUGAAUCUGGACCAAUUCUGAAACUCUCCACUCCAACCAGGAACCACGUUAGUUAGACUGGUAAGACCGGCGAGAUUUGAUGGUUUGUGGGGGACCUUUUCACAGCGGAGAGAGGGUCAUCGUCCCAGUUUGGUGAACGCCGGAGCCUCCGAACUCCUCCGCUGAUGUAACAUUUUAAAGGGUGCAGGGAGCGGGUGGAUGUCUGGGCUUCAUCCUCCUUUAACCCUUCCCCUCGUUUCUUUCAGAGGUUUUUUGUAGCGGGCGCUCGAACACACCGUGACGUUGUGGGGAAAACGGGACGCUUCUCUUGACUCGAACGCGUCCUGAGAAGCCGACAGCCGAAAAACAGAAAUCACGUCUGAAGACAGACGAGGUGGAAGGAUUUCUUUUUCUUUUUUUCUUGUACUGGGGCUGCAACUACCGACGAAACUCGAGGAUACGUUUUGAAACGGACGCCCUGUAAACGACAGAGAUUCAGUCGGUGAUGAGAUACUGUACGUCGGAGAAAACUGGAAUUUUUACUGGAGGAAACAUUUAAUAUCGAUCGACUUACCUGGCGGCCGCUGACACGGUGUUUCCUGUCAGCUGGUCAGACAUUUUUAAACAAACUGACGAGGUUUUCGAUCGGAAAAGUUUGACCUGAUUCUUAAUAUUCAGGA